AUGGAUAGGGGCCGGAGACCAGCCAGCCGUUUCGAUGAGCUCGAUUUCCCAGAAGAGUUUUACGGCAGGGACUUUGAGAAAGGCGGUUCUUAUGACACGGAGAAGCACCAGUCAGGUCUUUCGGAUAUGCUGGCUGCAUUUCCCCCGCCAGCGAGUCGGCGAAGCAUGCGACCGAGUGGAACCUGGCCGCUGCCCCUUAGUCGACAGUCCUUUCGUGGGGAGCCGAUGGAAACCCAACAGCCGGUAGAGCAACGUAAAAAGAGUCGGCGUUGCUGCGGUCUACCGCUUUGGGCAUUUCUCUUCUUACUCCUGGUCAUUCUCUGCAUCAUUGCCGCCGCUAUCGUGGUUCCUCUGGAGAUUUUUGUGAUCAGGAAGCCCAACAACAACACCGCACCAGCUGAAGCCGAUUCUGGAUGCCCGGCACAAUUGACGUGUCAAAACGGGGGCACUAAGGUUAUCAGCCAAGAUGUCUGCUCCUGCAUAUGUUCCAACGGAUUCACGGGUACCGAUUGCACGAUCGCCACAUCACAAGGGUGCACGACGACGACGAUAAGUACGGGGGGCACGAGCAUUAACAAUGUCACCAUUGGGCAGGCGAUACCGCGCCUGAUCGAAAACGCGCAGGCGAAUUUCUCCAUACCACUGUCUGCCACAGCGAUCCAGUCCAGGUUCAACUCUGGAAAUCUGUCCUGCAACUCUGAGAACGCGUUGGUGACAUUUGACGGCGAAUCCUCGCGAACCGACGAUUCUCAAAGUGAUGUGACAAGCAUCAGGGCAGAUGCUGCCCUGGUUCGCGCUGGGGAAGCUGACGCCACGACCGAUGCCGCAAUCACACUUACUGUUGUUCCGGGUAUUGAUGCCACCAUCAUCAUCAGUGAACCAACUGGCACCAAUGGCGUCAUGAUCACCACGCUUACCGCUCCUACUACGCUGUCGGGUGUCUCGACCAUCUUCGCGACGACGCUGACUCUCAGCAUGCCUGUAGAGACUGCAAGUACCACCAAGGCCACGACGACACAAUCUCCCGCUGCGAGCAUAACCUCGGGCAGCACGUCGGCCAUGGUCGAACCAACGGGAACCUUCACUGUCAGCGAGGACGCGGUCGAUUUCGCUCGUGUUGCGGUCCUGUACGUCUUCCAAAAAGAGAGCUUGGAGGAUGCCACGACGGCGCAGACUGCGCUGCAGGAGUUCUUCACUAGUGCAGACUCUUCGUCUUCCGUGACGAUGAAACAGGCAAUGAAUGUCACCAUUGGCGGGAGCCGCACUGUCGACGUGGUGAACUUCUUCAUCGACAUUGGCGAUGGGAAAGUAGUCGGUGGCACGGGUAGUUGA